AUGGAACCUCUAGUAACAACAGUGCAAGGAAAAUUAGAAGGUACCACCUGUGUUGAUUCAUCUGGAGAGAAAUACUAUAAAUUUCAAGGCAUUCCCUAUGCUAGACCCCCUGUAGGCCUUCUCCGAUUUAAGGCUCCUGAACCUCCUGAAGAAUGGAUUGGAGUACUAGAUGCUACAAAGGAAGGAAAUUCUUGUUACUCUAGACACCCAUUUAAUAAUAAAAUUGUUGGGAGUGAAGACUGCCUAUAUUUGAAUGUUUAUACGAAGAAAGUAGCAUCAAGUAAUGAAAAUAAUUCUUUGUUUCCCGUUUUGUUUUGGAUUCAUGGAGGUGCUUUUUUGAACGGAUCUGGAGGAACGGAAAUGUACGGUCCUGACUUUCUAAUAACUCAAAAUGUGGUAGUGGUAACUAUAAACUACCGCUUAGGGAUAUUGGGAUUUUUGAGUCUUGAUACUCCAGAAUUAAAAGUACCAGGCAACGCAGGUUUGAAAGACAUAGUAAUGGCUUUGAAAUGGGUCCAAACCAACAUUCAAAAUUUUGGCGGUGAUCCCAAAAAUGUGACCGUUUUUGGGCAAAGUGCAGGUGGAGUUGCCGUUCAUCUCCUACUUUUGUCACAAAUGAGUCAUGGUUUGUUUCAUAAGGCUAUAGCCCAGAGUGGGUGUGCAUUUAGCCCUUGGGCUCGGGGUACCACCGGUAUUAAAGAAUUGGCAUCGAUCUUACACUUGGAAGAAAAUGAAGAAAAGAUUUACGAACUUUUGUUAAAACUACCUGUAGACGAACUGUUCAAACUUCAAGAGAAAAUUGUUUCAUUCUUAAAUAUAUAUGCAAGUAAACAAAGGGCUUUUGCCUAUGUUGUUGAGAAAAACUCUGAUGGUUUUUUAUGCGAGGAACCGUUUGAUAUUAUUUCGAGUGGAAAAUUUCAGCAAUUGCCUUUUAUGAUAGGGUACACAACUGCGGAAACUUGGGGGUUUGAUUCGCUCAGACCUGAUGAUUGGCCAGGGGCUAAAAAUAUGGAGGAUUCCAUUCCUUGGACUCUAGGAUUUAAAACUGGAAGUCCUGAAAGUCAGGUUAUGGCGGAGAAAAUAAAAAAGUUUUAUUCCGGUGGACAUAUUCCCACCACGAUUAAACUAGAAACAAAAAUUGCGAUUCACACUGAUGCAAAUUUUGUUUUUGGUGUCUAUAAAACUGUUUUAAACCACUUUAACAAAUCGAAAGCUCCCACUUAUUUGUACAGGUUUUCAGCAGAGACUGAACUAAAUGUGAUGAGGCAAAACUACAAAAUCAAAAUUCCAGGUGUGGUACAUUGUGACGACAUUGGUUAUUUGUUCAAAAAUGUGUCUUCUCCUCGUAUUAAAUCUGGUUCUAGGGAAGACAUUUUGUUGAAAAAAGUUGUAAAAUUAUGGACCAAUUUUGCCAAAUUCGGCAAUCCUACACCUGACGACGAGUUAAGUGUUACCUGGAAACCUGUGACUGAUAAGGAAGUUGAUUAUCUCGAUAUUGGCGACAAUUUGAUCUCGGCUACCAACUCAGUUGAGCACAAAAGGAUCAAAUUUUUGACACAUCUCUAUGAACGAAAAAACUCUUCGUCACACUUUGAGAUCAGUACUUUAGCCGCAUUGUCAAUAGAACAGGGGAAACUCCGAGGGUCCAUUGGGACUGAUAUUCGAGGAAACAAUUUUUUCAAAUUCAAAGGAAUCCCAUAUGCGAAACCACCUUUGGGUGGCCUCCGAUUCAAGGCGCCUCAACCUCCGGAAAAAUGGACCGGAGUUUUAGAUGCGUCUAAAGAAGGGGAUGCUUGCUACCACUGCGACGUAGUAAGAGAAAAUAUGAUUGUUGGUAGCGAGAAUUGUCUGGUUUUGAACGUUUACACGCACCAGUUAAGUGAUGGUAAAAAUUUUCGCCCAGUCAUGGUUUGGAUCCACGGAGGUGGUUUUGUUUGGGGAUCCGGGUCUGAAGAGUUAUACGGCCCUAAUUUCCUAAUGACCGAAAGCAUUGUUUAUGUUACAAUUAAUUAUCGUUUGGGAAUGUUGGGUUUCUUGAACCUUGAAGACCCAUCCUUGGAGGUUCCCGGCAAUGCUGGUUUCAAAGACAUGAUAAUGGGUUUAAAAUGGGUUCAGAAAAACAUUUCCGCUUUCGGGGGUGACCCCAACAAUGUUACAAUUUUUGGAGAGAGUGCCGGGGGUGCUUCUGUUCACUUGUUAACACUGUCACCUCUAGCGAAAGGGCUUUUUCACAAAACGAUUGUUCAGAGUGCUUCUGCUUUAAACCCUUGGGCCAGAGGAACUAAAGGGGCCAGCUUGAUUGCCAAAGUUUUGAACCUUGAAGGAGCUGAUGAUAAAACAAUUUUGGACCAUUUGAGAACUAAAACCGUUGCAGAAAUUUUGGAAAUUCAGAAAAAAAUUGUUGAUCCUUUGGUAGCCAGUGAGAUUCGACCAUUUGGACCUGUGGUUGAAUCUGGUGACAGCAAAACGGCUUUUUUGGCUCAAGAACCGUUUCAAAUAAUUUUAUCUGGGAAUUUUAUUCAAGUCCCACUCAUGAUUGGGUUUACAUCGCGUGAAGGAAUGUUGGCACAGUUGUUUAAAGAUUGUCGUAAAGAAUUCUCUGUUCAUGAUUAUAUUCCUUGGUUUUUUGGUUAUAGUAAAGAGGAAACGAAGGCUCUUAGUGCUACAAUAAAAAACUUUUAUUUUGGCAAUGAAGAACCAUCAGCGAAAAAUGUUAUAAAAGCAUUUGAUUUGGUCACUGAUAUUAUAUUUCUUUACGGUAUUUACAAAACUGUGACGACUCAAUAUAGUCGUUCAAAAGCACCAAUCUACAUGUACCAAAUGUCAAUUGAAACAAAAUUAAACUUUUUCAAGAAUUUAUUAAAAAUUCAAGAACCUGGUGUUUGUCACGCUGACGAUAUUGGUUAUCUCUUCAAUCAUUUUGUAACUCCGAAAAUAACUCCCGGAAGUGUUGAAGACAUCGGUCUUUCAAGGUUUGUUAAGUUGUGGACAAAUUUUGCAAAGUUUGGAAACCCAACUCCCGACCAAAACGACCAACUGUUGCAAGUUGUGUGGAAACCAAUCACAAAUCCUGAAAUUCAUUUUCUUGACAUUGGAAACGAAUUGAAAAUGAUGUCAGAUCCAUAUUCCAAAAGAAUACAGUUUUGGGAAAAGCUUUAUUCUGAGAGUCCUGCUGGAAAAAGGAAAUAACUGGACUAUUUUGUUAAUGGGGCGUAAUAUAGCUUGUUUCUAAUUCUUCUUUAUUUAUCUUUGAUGUUAAGUGUCUAAAAAUAGAGGUGACCGCACGACUUUGAUCAAAUAAAGAUUUAAUAAGAAAUAAA